AUGAUCUCGCUUUCUCAAGAGCAUAUCGACCAUUUGAACAAAACGCUUGUGGAACUUUCGCCGCAGGAGGUGCUCCGGUGGGCAGUGGUCACUUUCCCCAAUUUGUACCAGACCACUGCGUUUGGCCUCACCGGGUUGGUGAUUCUCGACAUGAUCUCGAAAACGAAGCCUGUGGAUCUUAUUUUCAUAGAUACUUUGCAUCAUUUUCCUCAGACGUACGAUUUGGUCAGAAAAGUCCAGGAAAAGUACCAGCCCACACUCCAUAUCUACAAGCCUAAAGGAGUGGAGAGUGAAGAGGAGUUUGCCAAAAAGCACGGAGACUCACUUUGGGAAAGCAACGACGACUUGUACGAUUUUCUAGUGAAGGUUGAGCCUGCCCAGAGAGCUUACAAAGAGCUAGGCGUCAAUGCGGUGCUUACAGGGCGCAGAAAGUCUCAAGGCGGAGCCAGAGCAGCGUUGCCUGUGAUUGAAGUGGAGGAGCUGAGCGGAAUCAUUAAGAUCAACCCAUUGUGGAAUUGGGACUUUGCCCAGGUAAAGGCUUACAUCACGGAAAAUGCAGUGCCAUACAACGAAUUGCUCGAUUUGGGGUACAAGUCCAUUGGCGACUGGCACCUGACCGUGGCAGUGGCGGAUGGCGAGGACGAGAGAUCGGGUAGAUGGAAAGGCAAGGCCAAGACGGAAUGUGGGAUUCACGAAACAUCUCGUUUUGCCCAGUACUUGGCCAGCACAAGCUCUUAG